UAACAGUUUUAAGAUGGGUUUGGAAGAUGGCAGUGUGGUUAUGGGUGAAUCCAAAGAGGCUAGAGAAAGCUCUGAGACAUCAAGGUCUUCAGGCCAAUCGCUAUCGAUUCUGGGUUGGUGACUCUUUCCAAAUGAGCAACAUGGUACGACAAGCCAAAGCCACUCCCUUGCCCGCUCAUUCCAAUGACCUAGUCCCUCAAAUCUCCCCCUUUCAGCAGCACACUAUCAACAGAUAUGGUAGGGAUUCAUUCAUGUGGUUCGGACCAAUACCAAUGUUGAUCCUCACGGAUCCUGAGCUGAUAAAAGAUAUGUUAAACAGACACAACGACUUCACAAAAUAUCACAAUUUCCCAAUUGUUAACGAAUACGUAGCCCCUGGGGUUGCAGGCUACGAUGGUGAAAAGUGGGCUAAACACAGGAAGAUUCUCCAACCAGCAUUCAAUGUUGACAAAUUGAAGUCUCUGAUUCCAAUCUUUAGUCAAAGUUGCAACGAAAUGAUCAACAAAUGGGAGAACCUGUUGUCCUCCUCAGAUGGAACAUGUGAAGUGAAUAUAUGGCCUUGGCUUAAGGAUAUGACAAAGGAAGUGAUGUCUCGAUCAGCAUUUGGAAGUAACCAUGAAGAAGGCAGACAAACAUUUGAUCUUCUAGCAGAACUAAGUGUAGUUGUAAUGAAUAAUUUACAGAAACAUUACAUUCCAUUAUGGAGGUUUCUACCAACUAAGGGGAACAAGAAGAUGAAGGAAAUUGGAAGAAACGUGAGAACUUCCCUAGAGUAUAUUAUCAACAAAAAGGAGAAAGCCAUGAAGGGGGUUGAAGCUGUAAAGAAUGACCUACUGGGCAUACUUUUAGAAUCCAAUCACAAGGAGAUUGAGGAACAAGGGAACAAGAAAAAUGCUGGCUUGAGUAUGAAAGAUGUGAUCGACGAAUGCAAGUUGUUCUACAUGGCAGGCCAAGAAACCACUUCUGUUCUACUGGUCUGGACUAUGAUGCUCUUGAGUAGGCAUCCUGAUUGGCAAGCACGUGCAAGGGAAGAAGUUCUGCAAGUCUUUGGCAGUCAAAAACCACAAUAUGAUGCAUUAAGUCGCCUUAAGAUUAUGACCAUGAUCUUGUACGAGGUUUUGAGGUUAUACCCACCAGUAACAUGGCUAGAGAGGUAUGCUGUAAAGGACAUGAAACUUGGAAAACUAUCAAUACCUGAAGGAGUACAGCUUGGCGUACCAAUACUGAUGGUGCACCAUGACCAACAAUUGUGGGGAGAUGAUGCUAAAGUGUUUAGACCAGAUAGAUUUUCCGAAGGAAUCUCCAUGGCAUCAAAAGGGAGUUCUUCUGCAUUCUUCCCAUUCGGAGGAGGUUCCCGAGCCUGUCUUGGACAGAACUUUACCUUGUUGAGUGCGAAGGUGGCUCUGUCAUUGAUUCUACAACGUUUCUCCUUCGAGCUUUCCCCAUCAUAUUCUCAUGCUCUCACCACCGUCAUCACUCUUCAGCCUCAACACGGAGUUGAAGUCAUUCUGCGUAAACUGUAAUAAAUUUAUUAUAUCGAAGCACUAAUUCAUGUACAAUAUGAAUUCAGAAUAAUCCGCACCUCCUAGGUUAAUAAAAUCAAAAUAGACGUAGAGUUGUAAUUUUCAAACACCUGGAAAGGAAAGAAAGUAUGGGCAUCAUCUAAGCAUUGAAAUAUGACGCAAUUAUGCAAAGGACCAAUAAUGAGGAUACUGUAAUGAAGCAUAGGGAAAGGAUGAGCAAGGAAGAUCACGCAGGAGGAAGGGAGCAUGCUCAUCAUGCGCAAAGGUCAUUACAAAUAUGCGCGGAGCUGAGAGGCAUAGAGGCUAUAGCAAGAGAAGAUCCUUCAUCGAAAAGGGUUUGGAUUAUUAUUGUGGAAUUUCCCUCUCUUAUGAUUCAUCUCUCUCUGUAACUCGGUUC